AUGGACCUCGAGUCCAAGACUGCACAGGCAGUAGAUGCCGAUGUAAACGUUGAGCCCGGUGACAUGCAGCUGCUCGAAACUCUGGGAUACAAACAGGAGCUUCGAAGACAUUAUUCCACCACCCAGAUCUUCGCCGUCGCGUUUAGUAUCAUGGGCCUGCUCCCGUCGAUUGCGUCUACGCUCGCAUUUUCGUUACCUGCUGGCCCUGUGGGCAUGGUUUGGGCUGAUUUGGCAUCGGCGAUGCCCACCGCUGGCGGCCUCUAUUUCUGGACACACUACUUUAGCGAUGACAAGUGGAAGAAUCCUCUGAGUUUCGUGGUCGGAUACAGCAAUACCCUUGGAUUGCUCGGCGGUGUUUGUUCCAUUGACUAUGGAUUUGCUACCAUGUUACUCUCUCUCAUCUCCAUUGCCCGCGAUGGGGAGUGGACCGCUUCCCGGCCCGUGGUAUACGGCACCUACGUCGCCUGCGUUGUUGUGCAUGGCCUGAUCACCACGUUCUUCGCGCGGAUCAUGCCCAAGAUCCAGUCGAUCUGUAUCUUCAGCAAUAUCGGUCCCGUAAUUGCGACGGUGAUUGCGCUUCCGAUCGGUAGAGCCAUCAACGGCGGCACGAUCAACUCGGGCUCCUAUGUCUUUGGACACGUCGAUAACCUCACCACCUGGCCGACCGGGUGGGCUUUCAUGCUUGCCUGGCUGUCGCCCAUCUGGACGAUUGGUGCCUUCGACUCCUGUGUGCACAUGAGUGAGGAGGCCACGCACGCAACCCGUGCCGUGCCUCUGGGGAUCCUCUGGUCGACAGGGCUAUGUGGUAUCCUUGGCUUCCUCUCUCUUGCGGUCAUUGCAGCCGUGAUGGAUACAAAUGUGGAAAGUGUGAUGGGCUCAGCGUUUGGCCAGCCCAUGGCGCAGAUCUACUACGACGCCCUAGGCAAACCCGGCGCCCUCGGGUUCAUGGCCGUCGUCACUAUCGUCCAGUUCUUCAUGGGACUGAGCCUGGUCCUCGCCGCGUCGCGCCAAGGCUGGGCCUUCUCCCGCGACGGCGCCCUCCCGUUCUCCUCCUUCUUCCGGCACGUCAGCAAACGCAUCCGAUACCAGCCCGUGCGCAUGAUCUGGGGCGUCGUUACCGCCUGCAUCAUCAUCGGCCUGCUCUGCCUCAUCAACAACGCUGCCUCAAGUGCGCUCUUCUCGCUCGCCGUCGCCGGCAACGAUCUCGCCUGGAUGAUGCCCAUCUUUGCGCGGCUCGUCUGGGGCGGCGACCGCUUCAUCCCGGGCGAGUUCUACACCGGUCGCUUCAGCAAGCCCAUCGCCGUCACGGCGAUCGUGUACCUGUUCUUUGCGAUUGUUCUGUCCAUGUUCCCAACCCUGGGGCCGGAUCCGAGUGCCCAGGACAUGAACUAUACCGUGGUCAUCAACAUAGCGCUGUGGGGAGGCGCGUUGCUCUACUAUCUCUUGUAUGCGCGCAAGUUCUACAAGGGACCGCAGACGACGGCGGGGGCGGGAUCGUCGAGUCCGUCCGAGACGAAUCUGGGAUUGGAAAGGGAGAAGAUGUAG